AUUUCGAAAACUGUAAAAUGAACGACAGGGCUGUCAUAAAUUGUAUUACUUAUUAAAUUCUGGCAGAAUGGCCCCAAAAAAAAAGAAGGGAAAACUCGUUGAUUGGGCCGAUGAUGAACACUUCUCCAAGGAUCGCAGCAUAUUCUUCAUCGAACACACCACGGAAUGCCCCAUCUUUCAGGUGAAGGCCGACGAGUGCUUGACCUUCUUCCAGCAGCGCAUUCCGGAGCGCGAGUUCCAGCUGGUGCGCAACAAGAAUGGCAAACAGGUGCCCCGGGAUGGAGCCUUCGAGGUGUGCAUUUCACAAAAUGCGAAAACCUCCGAGCACGAGCUGUGGUCUGGUCUGACCCGAGGACCGCCGCGCCGCGAUAAGUUUCCGCAGUACGAGGAUCUGGUUUCGGAUGUGCAUCGCGUCCUCAAGAAGUUCUACCCGGACAAGGCUGUUGGUGUCGAUGAUGAUGAUAUGGAUAUGUGACUGGCUCAUUAAAAGGCCGAAAAUUCUCAGCGAGGGCUCAACAAUGAAAAGGCAUUAAAAAGCAUGAUAUUCUUUUUGGAUUUUUAUGGUCAUAUUUACAUAACAAUGUGGCAAGAAUAUAAA